GCUUCGCAGAGAGACAUAAAGCGAGACAGACGGAGCACAGAGCUGGAGUGUUUAACACACACACACACACACACACACACGCUUUGAGUCUUGGUGCACGGAUCACGGCUGCUCACUCGUGAAGCUCGAGCAGCCCUGAGAACGAGUUCUAUUCGUUUUUUUGUUUUCCUGAUUUGACUGGAGAUGGCUUUAAGCGGGACCAUUUUGCCAUCCAUUUCUACUUUCUCCGCGCAGAAGGAAAAAUGCUGGGAAAACAGAUGGAAGGAUGAUUUCGACAGGUCCGUGCUGUCCAGCUGCUUGGCUGAUUUGUCUCAGAGCAUGGACGUGUUUGUGAGAGGUGACGACGAGGAUCUUGACAAGUACCUAGACCUGGAGUUUAUCCUGGCCAACACGGCGGGCUCGGAGAGCCUCUCUGCGCAAAGCCUGAGCUCCGCGAACGAUUACAGGAUGCAGGAGUGCAGAAACGUGUACACAUCACCUCCCCCUUCAGUGUACCCUGUGCCCGAGCUGAACACCUCUCCGCCAGCGUACGGCGUCAGCCUGAUGGCCGAGCUGCUGCGUCCCGAGGUGGAUAAUUACUGCGCACCUCCUCCACCUCCUCCUCACCCUCAUCCUCAUUCUUCUACUUCCAACAACAGCAUUGUGCAGGGAAGGUUCCUGGUGCGCUCAGCGUUCUCCAAUCAGGAUGUGACGGAUCACAUCAAAGUGGAGCCGUGUAUGGAGGGUUAUGGACCUGUGGUGGGCAUGGUGCCCAAAAUCAAACGAGAGAGCGACAGUUCUUGCAUGAGGGCAUACGAACAGCCUCUGCUCGCUCAUUCACCUCAGGGUUCAGGGAGCAUGACGCCGCCUCUGAGCCCGGCUGAGAUCAACGCGCUUAACACGGACGCUCAGAGUCAGCUGUGCCACUCGGUGGCGUACCCUCAGAGCUAUGCGUGCCACGCCCCCACGCACGUACAGCUCUCUUAUCAAAGCGCACCGACUCGCUUCGACGGCAUGCCCGUGCCCAACGCCGGCCAGAGAGUUCUCCUUACGCCACCUUCAUCCCCGUUAGAGCUGGACGCCAAACCAAAGAGGGGCAGGCGCACGUGGCCGAGGAAGAGAACGGCGACUCACACCUGCACUUACGCCGGCUGUGGCAAAACCUACACCAAGAGCUCACACCUGAAGGCGCACCAGAGGACACACACAGGUGAGAAACCGUACCACUGCAGCUGGGAAGGUUGCGGUUGGAAGUUCGCCCGCUCUGACGAGCUGACCCGCCAUUUCCGGAAGCACACCGGCCACCGGCCCUUCCAGUGCCACCUCUGCGAGCGCGCCUUCUCCAGGUCCGACCAUCUCGCCCUGCACAUGAAGCGCCACAUGUAGAAACCGCACCGAACAUGGACAAUCGAGACAGUGUUGUUUAUUUUUAUCUCGUAAUGCAUCUUUUCUAUUGGCGUGACUCCAGGCAGCAGGAGGUUCUCAAUCACGAGAAGCUCCAAUCCAAUCUAUAGACUGGACAUUAUACUGAAUGCUUUGCAAUCUAUUUUGUUUUUCUCAUGAUGUAUUGUAGCUGGUACUACUUUGUUUUUUUUUGUGAUAUUCUUGAAGAAAAUACGAACCACUUGUAAGAACGAGUAGGCUGGACCUGCACAACUCUGACGCAACUGGAAUCAGUAGAAUCCUUACGCAAACAUGAUGUGCCUCCCACGUCACGAUCGUGCCUUUUAUUAUUGAUAUUAAUAUUAUUCUAUUUGAAAAAUCGACGACAUCUACACUAUACAUCUCAAGUGCCAUACGAUGUUCUUAUAUGUAAAAAAAAAAAAAAAAUCAAUAAGCUUUCAGACAAUGUUUUUCUUUUUUAAAACUGCCACUCAAGCCAAAGACGAAGAAGAAAAAAAGAAACUGAAUGUUUUGGACAGUAUAUUUGUGUAUUAACUGUUAAAUCAGGGUCUUUUAUUUGUAUUUUUUGCAACAAUUUAUAAGUAUUUGUAAUUUCAGUACAAACUGUCCCCAUGUUUAACAUGACAUGACAAGGGCUACACUUUUUCAAUGUUUUGGGACAAAGUCUUUUGACUUGUACAUAAUUUAUGUGAUUGUAAAUAUUGUAUUUCUUGUACAUAUUAAAAAGAACUGAGAUUCUUAA